AUGUAAUUUUGCGUUGCCCUGCCGUCCAUGGUGCUCAAAAAUGGUUGCAACACAGUUGACGUCGCCUGUUUAGAAGCUGCGUCCAAACGAACACAGAUUUGGGAAUAUAUUAUCGCCUUCUCGUCGCUGAAGAAUCUAAGACGGUCUGCUGCUCGAUGCUUGAAAAAAUCCAGCGGUAUCUGAGACCAGUUAGAUGUUGUUUUGACUGCCCUCAGAGAGCCACCGUAUACUCAUGUCAUAAAGUUUAUGUUCGAAGUAUCCAUGAACCAUCUGAGGCAUUGUAUACAUUGCCAAAUCUAGCCACCAAGACAAAGGCAUCGAAAUACAGAUCGUAUUAAAGUUUAAUUUAUGCACUUAUCGCAAUUAAUUAACCACAACGGGUUUCCCGUAAUGUUGUUGCUGUUUUGGAGCAGCAACAGCAAUUGUACUCGGUCGCAAUGUGGAAGGCCGUCGAUUUUGAGUAGCGAGGCCUUUUCGUCAUUUAGUGGGGGUUUGUUUAGCGUGGAGACGUUGCACUUCGCCUAAGUGUCACCCAGAUUCCGAAAACAAACUUACUGUCCUCGCCGUGAUAAAUUCGCUGGUUUUGUUCAAAAAAAAAUAAAAAGCGGCGAUUCUUUACCAGCAGUUGACGACGACAAACAACGCAAUGAAAAAUGUUAAAAUCUAUCCUGAACGCUGUCUAUGUACGUAAAAAUCGAUAUAUUCAUUGUUGUGCUCAGCAGUCAUAAAGGAACAAACAAAAUAAUAAUUCAAAGUAAAAAUCCAAGCAAGUUGCUAUAAUUCGGAAAUGCGACCACAUUGAGGUGCGCACUGAUAGCAGAACGCAUUUUCUGUAAGCGGCUUCUAUUUUUGACUACCUAUGUCUUAAUACUAUCAAGUAAUAUAUAUCAACCUGUUGACCACUACUCCAUUACGAAAACAGGGUUCCAGUAAAUACCAGUACCGAACGUCUGUCUACACAGAUUAUGUUCGUUCAUAUAGCGACAGUAGGACUUUGAUGUUUUUAGCAUAUAGAUCCAGCCAUAUUGUAGUAACAGUUACUAUACUCACGCUACGUAAUCAACAAUGAUGGUGGAAAAGCGGGUCGCUUGCGCCCUGAUAGAAACUCUCUGACCUAGAUAAAUUCUAAUGAUGGAAAAGCUCCAUAGAUUAUAAACAGACAGACAAAACCAAGCGAUACGUUCAUAUUUGCCGCCGAUCAAGCAUAAGUACAAACGGGCGUGCACAUUUGGCGGAAAUAAAAACACCAAUCAGCCAUUCCAGCCGGGUCAGAGUAAUACAAUCGGACAGACACGACAUGGUGCGCUAGAUCGGGAAAGAAGUAAGAAAAAAAUAUGAUGUGCUAGUUGGAGGCAAAGCAGAAAGCGGUCGCGGGUAUUGCUUUUUACUUAUGAUGUAUUACGCAGUUUAUAUGUUUUUUUUUUUUUCUGUAGGCAGACAUGAAGAUACCCUAUCAUGUUUGCGAUCGGGAUAGAGUUCAUCUAUGGCGUUGACAACACUAUUCGCACCAGACCUCAGCCCUAUGUACCAUUCCGCAGCUGGCGGUAGCCUUUGUUUAUCUGUUGACGUCCAUUUGUCAGCGGGCUUAGCUCCACCUGGUGUCAAAACUGCGUGACUGCAGCUUAUAGUCAUGCAUGCAGCCCUAUCUGUGAUCUCUAACAUACAUAUCCACAUGGCAAAGACGUGGAAAAACACGGGAGGGCGACUAUCCGGUAGUGACAGCCCCGCUGGUGGCAAAGGUGCGAUAAGAUCUCAGCAACACAAUGCUCGGAGUCCAGCUACUCAGCACUAACUCGAACGCACUCGAGUCGUCUGCUGUCGGUGGUGCGCUGGUGCUGGUUGGGGGAAGCGCCAAUUCGGGGCGCCUCCCUGAGCUGGCCACCGAAGAAGACGAUGACUCAAUGGACUCCGAACGUGCCCUUGAACUUAUCAGAUGUGCAAUGGAGAGUGACUCUGACGUCGACUCCGAGGAUCUCGAGUGGCCUCGCAGCCCGCGACCAGACACAGACGCAUCAAGCCAUCCCGACAACACAGCACAAGUUGAAGAAAAACCAUCGGCCGAUGAGGAGUACGAAACCGAAUUAAAGCUCCGAGAGGAAACCCAUGUUAAAACAGAAGCCAAGGAAUGUGAGCCAGAGGACAGGCUAGAUGUUCUCGAGGCUCAGGUCCAAGCCGAAGCCCAUCGAGAGAGACUCUCUGUCGUCGAUACAGCUCCGAAUAUAGCCGAAUUUCAGCGAAUAGUUGCCGAAAAUGGGGUGUCCGCUGCUGCGGCCGCAGCAGCUGCUGAGAAUCUGGCCGGCGGGCUGAACCCGCUGGAUCUGCAUCGACUCGCUAUGCUCGGACGUUUACCGAACCAAUUUUUAUUGGAGACGGCCAACAUGGCGGCAAAAAUUCAAGCGGCGCAUGAUCAAGCAGUCCAGCAUUCCCUAGUGCACGCGCUCCAUCAUAAUCCGCUCAUGAUGGAAGCUUCUCGACUGGCCCCUGUGGGUUCCGUUGGUCUGGGCAAAAGCUUUCCACGAAUUCCGCUUGGAGGCGUUAUCGGCGCUCGAGAGAAACAACGCCAUUUAGGCGGUCUACCAGCGUUUCCGGCGCCAGAAAAGGAGCCCGAGGCGGCUACACCUAAGAAACGGCGUUUAGGCGGAGGGGCAUCUACCGUCAACCAGAUGAUCGACGACAACGCAAGGGGCUCGUCUGCAUCCGGCGGGCCCACAGAGGAGAUCACCGAUUUAGAAGAACUUGAACAGUUCGCUAAGACAUUUAAGCAGAAACGAAUCAAGCUCGGAUUUACGCAGGGCGAUGUAGGUCUGGCUAUGGGAAAGCUUUAUGGAAACGACUUUUCACAGACGACCAUCUCCCGUUUUGAGGCGCUGAAUCUGUCGUUCAAGAACAUGUGCAAGCUCAAACCGUUGUUGCAGCGCUGGCUGCAGGAUGCGCAUGCCUCCCUGGGUCAACCUGGAAGCGCUCAGGGGCAAGUGGGCGGCCAUGGUACCCACGGGCCACAUGGUCCCCAUUCGUCCAGCGUCGAAGUACAGGUCCCGACACCAGCCGGGGGGCUUCCACAUCCAGCGCACCCUGGACCGCAUGGAUCAUAUACCGGCGGCGUGCAACAGCAUUCGUCCCCGACUGGGUCACUCGUUGGGGCUUCUGUGACAUCUGGACAUCGGCCUCCAGCCUUGGCUGGGUCGUCCCCUUCUCCUGUGUCGACGAACCUGACGGCGGCACAAACGCUUGGACCGCCGGUACUUCCGGGUGGAGGCUCACCAGGUUCAGGUAACGCAGCUAGUGGUACCGGGGCAUUGUCUGGCUGUUUGCCAGGCGCAUUAAGCUCAUCAUCCAUCCUCCAGGCGGACUCGAUUUGCCGGCGCCGUAAAAAGCGAACCAGCAUCGAGUCCGCGGUGAGGGUGGCGCUCGAGCGAGCCUUUCUUCUCAACUCGAAGCCCACGUCCGAAGAAAUUGCUGCGCUGGCCGAUCGGCUCGCCAUGGAGAAAGAGGUGGUUCGUGUGUGGUUCUGCAAUCGACGUCAGAAGGAGAAACGCAUCAAUCCGUCUCUGGCCCUCCAGGGCGGGCCUCCGUCGCCCACCCCGCCGACGGCUGCCCCCAAGGGCGCGCCCAGCACAGGGGCGCCUGCGUACCAUCAAUCGCAGCAACUACAGCAGGGCUUGUGCAUGUCGGAUGCAGGUUCGGCGUUGGAGCGACCGUUGGGGGCCCUCGGAUUGGCCUCGGCGGGGGAGAGCGACAGUGAGCACUCCGAUAGCAACCAUCCGCCGGCAACGAUGUCGAGCAACGCCGGAGACUAAACCACUCUCAGUAACUUGCUUAAGUUACCCAGUUCACUGACAGACUUUCCUAUUUACUUACGUAGACGAACGGUACAGAAGAUGGUCGGGACCAGAUCUUAGCGUCAAUCAGUCACUCAGCUGUGAAAAUCGUUUGUUUCGUGAACAAGAAAUGCACGUCUUAUACAACACCUGUGCACCGGAGCACUGAAUAGAGACAUGACAAAACGGCACCUUGUGCGAUAGUCACCGUCGCGAAAACACCUCAAUUCAGCGCGUAGCUUCGAAAUGCUGAAACUUCGAAAACAUUUGUCAAAGUGAACUUAUACGCUAGAAAUAUUUUCAGUAGAUGUCGCCAGUGAUCUCAUCAGCCCAAAACCUUUAUCAGCUCACGAUGGUGGGAUACGAACUCCAAGCGACGGUGAAAGCGUGACCAGCUUCGGAGCAGGCACAAAGAUUGAGGGGACCUUGUUUUGCAAUUUAAUAUUAUUCCUCAGCUUUCAUCGUGGGUACUAAACCCACGUGCGAACAUGUUUUCGAGUUUCGCUCUAAACAGGCGUAAUACUACGGUCGACUAAUGGAAAUGUAGAUGUAUUUGCUGGGCCUGGUUUCAACAGGCCAGCACUGUGUCAAGACUUAAAGCGUAACUUAUUAAGUUUUGACUUACUAGCUUGACAAAUGACCUUCAUUUCCAAGCUAUGAAGAUGGCAUAUAAAGUGCAGUUUUAGUUAUUAUCCAAUAAGAUUGGAACUAGUAAGAGUUUAUGAAAACAACUUAUGGUCAGCUUCCGCACAUUACGCACAUUUAAACAAACAGUCUGAUUAUGCUUAUUCUAUUUCUUCUGUUCUCUUUUCCUUUCGAUUUUCAAGAUGAACAAGCUUUUAAUGGUUUCGGACCUAAUUUAGGAAAGUUUCCUGUUUAGGUACAGGUUUACAAUUCGGGAUUUCUAAAUAUAUUGAUUGUAUUGACUUAAUGAAUUCGAGUCGUGUUUGUCAGGUGCUCGGUAAAAAUUAAGUGCCACACAUGAGUGAAUAGAUUAUUCCGACCUAAUAGACCAUAUUUAGAGGUCGUAAUUGUAUUCAUUAAAAAUCUUUUACUGUGUGUUACAAACAUUUGUCACUUACGUUUGACUUCGAUGUUUUCACAAUUGUUUUUGCUAAAUUCAUGUUACUCAAUCAAGUGUUUAUGGGUUGUAUCUGGGUGCGAUAAUGAAGCGACCAAGUGAUGAGUGUGACACCUCGGAGCGACAGACAUAUGCGAAAGACGCCAGAACGCGCGCGAAUUUUGUCUUUGGCUUUCUUCAAUUCAACGAUCCCGUCUGUGUAGCCUCAACAUUGCGCCUUCAAUGCAACAAAAUUCGGCCCAUAUUCAGAGGCUCAUAGUGAUCAGCGACCAGCUGGAUGUUUCGCGUAUGACCCUUCCGGUCGUACGUACCCAUAGGGAACAACGACAAAAAGAUAGAGUGUGCCAGUGAUUUUAUGAAUUAAGCCAGGCAAGAUCAACUUCGCGAUAGGCGUAUUGCAAAACGAUUGCUGAAGAUGUGUGAAUAGUGUUUUGGGAUAGAUGUUCGUAAUACACUUUUAAGUUUUGCCCAGAUGUUACCAAAUACGUAUUGUGCUAGCAUCGAAAAUGUAUAUCCUUCAUACGUCUAACGAUGUGAGGUACACGCAUCGUGGUUAAUUGAAGCAUACGCGAUCGGUGAAGCGCUACGGCAUGGAAACGCCUAGGUGUGACAGCGCCUAUUUCCAAUCAUUCGAUAUAGGUUUGAUGGGCCAUGGCGGCGGGUUGAAAUAGGUGUAGUCCAAAAGCACGAUAGAUAUAUAUAUAUAUAUAUAUACACAUUGCAAAGGAAUCUUCAACGCAGUCGUGUAAAACAGUCCUUUUGUCCUGUAAUGUCAGGCUGAUAUCUAUGCGGGUAUUUUACUAUUGCUACUAGAAUGAUAAAAAGGGCAUAUUUAGCCGAAGAAAUACAGAAAUAGAGAUACAACGCUUUGAGUGAUUAGGGAUAUUGUCCGUGACAAAGUGGAAGGUGGAAAACUAAUGUACACCAUCUGAUUAGAUAUGACGGACGCCGUUAGAGAUAGUGAUCAUGAUGCAAUUUAUGAUAACAAGAUCGGAAUUUAACAACGUGUUUCGGAGCGCACUAGCGACAUUGCCAUCGAUCACCAUACGCAAAUUAACCCACACCUGUAUAUAUACAUAUAUGAGAGAAAUAUGUGUAUAUAAAUGAAAUACCUAUCUAUGGGCAUAUAAUAAUUGCAUUAAGUUAUUUGUGCAUAGCUGUAUGUGUACAUGUGUGCAGCAAAGGGAUACUGUAUAAAUAUUAUUUAUAUGCAUAUGUAUUUGCUAUAGUUCCUGGUGGUGACCCAUCCCAGUACGGUAAACUGUACCGCGUCCAACGCCAUUAUCUACGGCUUUGCUAAACAGCAAAUAUUGAGCUUACGAUGGCGCAGAAACUAUGGCAGCAAUCCGGUCACAAUAACCAUGGCAACAGCAAUUGUUUCUAUUGCUCCCAUCACCGGAGGGAUUUUAGACUAGAUAUUGUGGGAGCUAGAGAAAAUUAGGUGUCGGUGAUACUCUAGAAAAAGGACGUAACACAGCAUCCCCUAUGUACCAGUUUUCCUUAAAUAUCCUCGUUGAAUACCAUCGCUCGAUAUACUGAAAUCAAAAUGAACUUCGAUUUAGUUUAGCUGUAUCCUAAGCGUGUGCAAAAAAUUCUAGCCGAGCCGUGCGAAAACCUCAAUGGAGGCCUCAACUACCUCAUCUAGGUAUGGUGAUCUGAAACAGCGAUUGACGAUACACUAUACAAGCAUAAAAUAUAUACAUGUACGAAUACACACUGCAAAAUAUAUCAGUAUGUGGGAGCAUAGACCUGAGAGUACCCCCAUAACAAUGAAACCGGUGUUAGUUAUAUAUAUAUAUAUAUAUAUAUAUAUAAAGAAAGAAAGAAAGAAAGAAAGAGAGCGAGCGAGAGA